ACAUGACAUAACGUCAAAGGUGAAAGGUUGUGGCUAGACAUUAACUUCCGGUUAAGUUACGUGUGCUUAAAGUCAGCUGUGAUCGACGCGCUUUUGAGAUUUAUAAUUACGGGGAAAAGUCAUGGUUCUCCUUGAGAAUGACUCGUUCCUGACCGAACUGACACGGCUCUUUCAGAAAUGCCGGACCAGUGGGAGCGUUUACAUCACAUUAAAGAAAUACGAUGGCAGGACAAAACCAGUCCCCAGGAAAGGAAACCCGGACACUUUUGAACCUGCUGAUAACAAGUGUCUCCUCCGAGCAACGGACGGCAAGAGGAAAAUCAGCACAGUGGUCAGCAGUAAGGAAGUAAUAAAGUUCCAGAUGGCCUAUUCCAACCUACUGAGGGCGCACAUGGACGGUCUGAAGAAGAAGGACAAGAAGAGCAAAAGCAAGAAGACCAAAGCCACCCAGUGACCAGCGGAAGGUGCUGGAAAACCCCACCCACACCCCCACAAAGCCAGUACCCCCCCCCUCUUUACAUCAGCCCAACCUUAAUUACAGCCGCCAGCUCCCGCCUGGAAAAUGAGUCCAACCCACGCAGAACAGCAGCGUGACAGAAUGGCGACGUUGGCUUCUGGGGAAGCCCAUGAUGCCUGACAGCAGGCUGGGAGUCCUGCCCAGUCCCUGCGCUUUAUGUUGAAGGCCUGCAGCGUGGCCUUUUAAGGUAAAAAGGAACUUGACCUGCAGAAAGUACAGCCUGGUGUAGGUAGAUGGGGGGGAGGUGAUCCCUCACAAAAAUCAGAGCAAUAUCGGUGGGAUUAAACUGCUUUCAAACUUGUAUUUCACGAAAAAGCAUUUCUGUUUUUGAUUGUUGCGUAAGUCACCUGUCAUCGCAAGCCUCUUGCUUUUGGUACUAUCCUCUGAUUGGUUCUUGGUUCCUGUUCGUACAAAUUGAAAUGUUCUCAGGAUGUGUUCAGAAUGGCCAUUUUGACAUGGGCCAAAAACAUGAAAGAAUUCGAGUCCUUGUUGGCAAUUGUCAGUAUUUUCCGCGUGUGACAGUACCGGAUGUUUUAAUUUUUUAGAUCAUUGCGUUAAGUCUUCAUGAAUUUUGGGGAGAAAUAAAGCUUCCAGUCAAUGAAAUACUGGAAUCGUUUCCACACAGCCCGUUGUUUUGUUUUGCCCCUAAUAAAUUCAUGAAGGAGCUGGUGUUGUUCUUGGGGUUCUGGUUUGAAGUUUAUGCACAGAAAAAUUUGCUGCAUGGUCUUGGAAGGGUAUUAACAUGCAUCAUAAAUUUGUGGAGUGGGAACAAUGAAGACUAAAGGGAAUAAAGUUAGGUUUUCUUUAGUGUGUUAAUUUUA